AUGCGAAACCCCUUCCGACGUCGGAACAAGAAGGACAAGGCCGGUAGUGGCGGCCAGAGCUCAGACUUCAUUGUUCCUAUAGAGUUCCGUCCUCCUGGUGCUGGACGCCCACCGUUAUACCCCCCAACUCGGCACUCAGCAUAUCUAUUUGCUCAUCUGCCAUCAAAGGUGCUCGAGCGCAUCUUUACUUUUGUUUGCCCGCACGCCCUUGACGAGACUUAUGAUACUUGUGAGGGUAGCGCAAGCACGAGUGACAGCAGGUGCAUGCUAUGCGACCUUCGUGAUUUAGCUCAUUGUGUUCAAGUUUGUCGCGCAUGGCGGCCCAGCGCGGUCAAGAUCUUAUACCAUAGCGUUCGUAUCGAUCCAGUCCACUACUGCCGUUUAGAAGAAUGGCUUGCCGAGAAACGUAAAAAGACCUCCCGCUUCGAUCGCAAUGGUGUCCCUGAGGAUCCUGCUCAAGCUCGUCUCCGUCUCCUCCGACGUACUGUCCGUGAUGAUCCUACACGUAUUGGAAAGUCUGUACAAUAUUUGAAGCUUCCAUACAUGUUGCGCGAAUCCUCCCAUGUUGAGCUUGCCCAGACCAUCGCGGUUCUUCCAAACCUACGAUAUGUCGACCUGCCCGAGGGCAUGUUUUGCGAUGACCCUCAUUACGCGACCCUCCGCCUCGAAGUCCAAGCUCGAUGUCCUAAUCUCCGAAAGAUGACAUAUAUGGGAGGUUCCGAGCGAAGCCUGGCCAUGCUCGCCUCGGGUCAAGUCUGGCCGAAUCUUGAGGUGCUAGAAUUAAACGACCUCGCUAUUGAUGCCAUGACACUUCGGGCUGUUCUUGGUAGUCUCACCAACUUGCAAGCGCUCAAGGUAUCAAACACGCCAGGUCUCUCGGAUGAGGUCCUGUCCUCAUCAGAUGGUCUUCCUACGCUACCACCGAUGAAGGAAUUAGUGCUGAAGGAUACACCGGGAGUGACAUUAAAGGGCCUUAUCGAGUAUCUUGCCUGGCAAGAGACACAGCAAGCUCUGACGGUCCUGACGCUUAAUAAUACAGGCGUUCACCCUGCCAGCUUGCAAGAAAUCUUCACAAUGGCCUCGUCUCUCAAGACAUUUGCCAUUCAGGCCAACGUUUCUGAACAAUUCCCAACAUCGGCCAAUUCACGUCCACUGGCUUCAAGAACGCUCGAGACUUUGCGGUUUGAAGUUUCUUCAUGUUCAGCGGGUGCCUUCUCCAGUGUAACGAUGGGCUAUUACUCAUAUCUUGCGAGCUCCAUCCUUGGCGGCGGAUUCCCUAGACUAAGGCGACUCUACGUUCAUGAUGAAAGCUUCCCUGACCAGUUACAGGGACUUCCACCUCCCAAUGCUGCAUUCGCUGGAGGGCAUGUACGCACUGGAUCUAAUUCAUCUGCGAAAUCCACUCCAGGGUUUGCCUUCCCAUCAUCCAACCUAUCACCAAAGUCAGCGAAUCUUCCUAUGCCUAGAAGGCCCAUGUCGAAUAUCCAACCACCCAGCAAACGCUUCAGCUCUAAUAAUCCAUUCGCUCCUCGCAAUCCCUCUUCGGCAGCUCCCACGCACACACUCGAAGUUUUUACCAAGAGCGACGAGUUUGGAAAAUGGAACUUUGUAUCAGUUGAUCCAAUGAUCAGAUCUGCUGCAGCACCGUCUCGCCGACCGGUUAGCAGCUACGGGCUGGCGGCCGAUGUCACAGGGUCUGGGUGGGACCGAGGGGAUGCUCGACGUAGUGUCAUGGUUGGUAAUGGAGCUGGCGUGUUUUUGGCCGUGCCUGGCCAAGGGGGCGACGAUGGUGCGUUCAAUGGAAGCUCUGAUCCAUGGCGACCUCAGAGCAGUGGAGGAACCCCUCGACGCAGUCGAGAACUGUGGUAG